CGACUCGGCGCUCUCGAUUCAUUUACAAUUAGCCUUCGAUGUAAUUAGCAUAUUGUAUUAUUUAAUAAUCCAUCGAUAGGCGAGGCAUAUUUGAAGAAAUUGGAUCACGAAAUUACAUAAUUCCUUUCAGCAUAUUACAUGGAAAGUGAUGAAUAACCAAAAGGACCAACUACCAUUGCUUUGGGAUUCUGAUGAAGAAAGUCACUUUGCAUGUCCUCGGAAGCAUCGCUCACUGUAUUACAGAAACUCCAAGUCCAAACUAAAAGGUGCAGCUUUCAUCAUCAAAAACUGGCCAGAUCACAUAUCAUCGCUCCUCGCAUAUUGGUGGAUGGGAUUCAUAAUGAUCGCGAUAACUAUUUUUAUCAUUUACAACAGUCUUUCUGUGGUUACUCCUUCUCGACUACCAUUUGCAGCUGCUGAUUCAACUGCUGAUGAGAAUUUGCUCAAUCUAGAUGAAAACUUUCCAUUGAAUGUGUACAUGCAUAUUUUUGUCGAUAGCUACGAUGAAAUUAAUGACGAAUUUUACCUUAAGUAUGUCAAAAGACUUGCAAAAAAAUUCACCGAUUACAAGUACAAUAUAAUUGUUAUGCUAAAAGAUACGCAAGAUGAAUCAACAGGAAGUAUGAACGAUGAAGACAAAAAUGAGAUUGCUAUGAGAACUAUAUUGAGAACCGAUAAAUUAUAUCGCAGUGAAUACUGGAGUGAUAUUUCGAUACAAUACACUGUACUUUCAAAGUACUUAGAUAGCUCGCCUAUUAAAGACGCUUGGAGAAAUGUGCCUUUGCAUGCAAUUCCAUUUUUAAUAAGGUGCAUAUCUAUUUGGGAAAAAGGAGGCAUAGCUUUUGAUCCUAUCAUCAUAACACCUCUUUUUGAAAACCCUAAGACUUUAGAGAAUUUAUAUAAUACUCUUAAAAAGUAUAAAAAUACAAGUGGUAAAAUUAAACCUAAAAAAGACGAAUACGAAUUACGAGAAAAACCAAAAGUUAAUAACAUUCAAGACAUAAUACGUAUUUUGGAAAGUGAUAAGAGUAAAAGCGCGAAUAUUCCUCAAUAUAACUUAUCGGAAGCUGAAAAUAGAGGCGAAUUUACUUUUAUAGAUGUAAAAAUUUCCAAUGAGGAGAAGAAUGAGAAAAAACGUUAUAAGCGGGAAGAAACAAUAAACACGAGAAUAUUUCAAAAUAAAGAAUUAUCUACCCGAAAAAAACAUACAUUUAUAAAUUCUCAAGAAGAAGAUGAAUAUUUUGAAAAUACACCAAAAUUAUUUAAUAUAAACAACUAUGAUACCAAAGCCAAAACAAAUUUGAUAGGUCCAGAUGAUUCAAUAAUGCAUGUAAGUAGUCCUAAUCAUUUGCCAGAUAUAACUUUGGAUCUAAAAGGCACUAUAAUUGCGACUUCCACUUCUUGUCAUGCUUUUAUUGGUACAGUGUUUAGUAAUGUAAAACAUUAUAGUGCAAAUGAUACAAUUGAGCACAUUUUAAAUGAUGAGCUCACCAUAUUUUGUAAGGGAAACAUAAGUUCCUGUAAAUAUAUAUAUGUUAUCUCUUAAUUAUUAUUUUUAAAUA